UCGCGAGGUUUCGCUCGGGCUGCGGGCGCGGCUCCAUGCGGUCGGAGCGGGGGCCGGGGCCGGCGUUGCUGUCGGGGCUGGGGCCGCUGCGGGGCGGCGGCCGUGACCAGCGGCCCAUGGACACCUCCCCGCGCCGGGAGUCGCCGCGCCGCGACACAGACGCUCCGCCGAACCCCCCGCCGCCUUCCCCGCCGUCCCCGCUGCCGCCGCCGCUGCUUCACCCGGCGCCGGGUAAACUGAGGGAGGAGAAGAAAACGGCGCUGAGCAAAGUGGUUAUUCGAAGGCUUCCUCCUUGUCUAACCAAGGAACAACUUGAGGAACAGCUACAUCCUCUACCUGCCCAUGAUUAUUUUGAGUUUUGCACUGCUGAUCCCAGCCUUUAUCCUCAUCUCUACUCAAGAGCAUACAUUAACUUUAGAAAUCCUGAGGACAUCCUUCUUUUUAGAGAUCGCUUUGAUGGCUAUGUCUUCAUUGACAAUAAAGGUUUGGAGUAUCCUGCAGUGGUUGAAUUUGCUCCAUUCCAGAAGAUUUCAAAAAAGAAGCUGAAGAAGAAAGAUGCCAAAGCCGGGAGCAUUGAAGAUGAUCCAGAAUAUAAGAAAUUUUUAGAGAGUUAUUGUGCUGAUGAAGAGAAAAUCUGUGCCAAUCCUGAGAUUCUAUUGGGAGAGAUUGAGGCCAAAACAAAAGAACUUAUUGCUAGAAGAACAACACCCCUUUUGGAAUAUAUUAAAAAUAGAAAAUUAGAAAAGCAGAGAAUACGAGAAGAGAAAAGAGAAGAACGAAGGCGGAGAGAAUUGGAGAAGAAACGUCUGCGGGAGGAAGAGAAAAGGAAGCGCAGAGAAGAAGAAAGACGUAAAAGGAAAGAAGUGGAGAAGCAAAAGAAAAUUUCUGAAAAAGAAAUAAGGAUCAAGCUUCUCAAGAAACCUGAAAAAGGAGAUGAGCUGGCCAGUGAAAAGCACCAAGAAAAAGGUGAAGAAGCUGACAUUGAGGAAAACAAAUGGGAUAAAUCACCUGGAUCUGGGAGUAUAAAAUCCAAGACUUUGGAGAGUUCACUAAAAGAACUUAAGGAAAAGUCACAAAAUGAUAGUGACAAAGAGCAGAGAGAUUUGGAAAGAAGAUUUCGAGAAAAAGAACCUGAAAGACAAAGGUAUCGAUUGGAUGAUGGCAGAAAGCAUAGAACUCACUAUGAGUUUGACAAGUUUAUGAGAAGGAAUGAAGAAGAUCUGAAAUGGGGGAAAGGAUACAACCAAGACAGAGGAAAGAAAGGGAACUACAACUACAGCUUCACUGUGGAGGCAGUAGACAAACUGGGUAAAGAGGACAAGUGUGAUGACAUGGCAUCCAAAAAGGAGCGCAUAAGAAAUAAGGAUCGCCCAGCCAUGCAGUUAUACCAGCCAGGAGCUCGCAUCCGAACACAUAUGGGACCUACAAGUAAAACCUAUGACUGCAGUGGGAAAUCUUUUGAAGAUGCUCUUGAUAAAAAGUAUGAGGCAGAUAAUUCAGCUGGAUCUGAGAAGACUGAAGAAGGAGAAUAAAACAAGCUGGAGCAAAGUCUUGUGAAAAGGGAUGAAUUUAAGAUUCAGUGUCAUGACAAAAAAAUCCAUUGGGCUGUUUCAGAACUCCACAGGCAAUUG